AUGCGUCCACUGAGAGCUGGUUGUUGCCUUCUGCUGCUCCUCCUUCUCGUGUUGAGGACUCGAUCCUUGCCACUCCUGCCGCAUGAAUUCGGUCAGUCCUUCCAACAGGGCGGUCAGUCUGAGCAUGGUUGGCCUUUUCAACAGGAGAGAAGUGAGAAGCCCCACUUCCACUGGCAAGACUCUGGUACACCCCUGAAAUCGGCACUUUCUCCCACAUUCCCAACGAUGUGGGACCAACAACAACAACAACAACAGCAAACGCCGUAUAAAUACCGGGACCAACGCGCUCAGAAAGGCUAUAGCUUUGGUCAAAACCCCACCGAACAACAAAUGACAGCCGUUUUCGGCCAACAAACACCAUGGACGCAGAACCAAAAGCCGCAGGAUUGGAACCUCCAGCAACAAGAAGGAGUUCAGAGGCCGGGCCAGUGGCAUUUCCAGCCGAACCACCACUACCAGCAGCAGCAAUAUGAACAACCGCGGCAGUUCCAACGGGCUGAGCAACAAUCGCAGUGGGGAGAGCAACCCCUGGGUAAAACAGAGUCCAACAUCCAAAAGUCAUCGGCAGGACCGUUAUUUAACUACCCCCUAGCGCAACAGCGGCAGCAGCAUCCACACCCAUGGCGGUUCCAGCAGAAUGAACAGCAACAACAACCACAACUACCACAAAUGAGAGCUCAACCAUUGAACGAGGCCGGAGGUCAGUUCCUGGGCUUUCCUGAGCAGGACUUUCAUCCUGCACAGCACAAUAACUUCUGGUCUGCUCCACGAUCAC